GGUGUGCCAGGCGUACGGCUCGCGGCCGCCGGCUAACCUCUCCUGGUGGAUGGACGGCGCCGCGCUGGACGGCGGUCGGACGGAGUCCGGACUGGGCAACAUCACCAGCAGCACGCUGCCCUUCAAGCCGCGCCCCACCGACAACGGCAGGGAGAUCACGUGCAGGGCGGAGAACAGCUUAGUCUCCGGCGGUACGAUCGAGGAUAAGAGGCUGCUCAACGUCAGGUAUGCGCCGAUCGUGGCCGUGAGACUCGGCUACGCUCUGGACCCGGACGACAUCAAGGAGGGUGCCGACGUCUACUUCGAGUGCCUGAUCCGGGCCAACCCGGCCGUCUACAGCGUCGUCUGGUCACACGACGAGAGGCCGGUGCGGCCGAGCCCGCGCGCCGGCGUCAGCGACAUGGUCAGCAUCAACGAGCGCCGCCUGGUGAUCCGCAACCUGAGCCGCCGCUCGGCCGGCGCGUACCGGUGCCGGGCGGCCAACCCGGAGGGCGAGGCUGCUGGCCGGCCCGUCCACCUCAGCGUCAAGU